AUGCCAAGGAAUAUAUGGCUAUUCAGAUACUUCCUGGUAAUCUCACUGAAGGCUUCAACUUAUCAACUAUGUUCAGGGCUACAGUUGACAUCUGAGAUAUCAGGUGACACAAAUAGGGGAGAUGGUUUUUUUGGUUUUGAUCUUGAUUUUCCUCAGAGUCCUUUGGUACCAGAAAAUCUCAAACAAUCUUCAAGAAAUGCUGUGGAAUAUCAAGGUGACCAACCAAAUCAGGUAUCUGAUCACAUUUAUGAUAGUCUGGGAAAACUUGAUUAUGAACCUUCACAUCACAUCACUGUCUCAAACCACUGUGCUGAUUAUGACAGUUUGAUGGUAAAUAUGGCAGAGCUUACUUCUGAAAAUCCAUACUCACUCAAUAGCCACACAUAUGAUAGACAUCACUUACAACCAUCACCAAUUGGACAUACUUGGGAAGCUACUCAUUGGAUAACACCCCAGGUGUUAUCAGGUAUGCAAACCAAUGAUAUAUUUGAUUCCAAUGCAUACAUAAAUGAAUACUUUGAUUAUUUGAAUAAUCUACAGACAUAUGAAGACUUGGAAAAAAAUAAUCAGCCAGGGACAGAUACAUGUGGAUCACACCAACACUCAAACCCAAGUUCAGAAAUCCAUUUCUCAGCUGGUCAAUACUCACACAUAACACCUUCUGUUACAGUAGAUCCAAAAGGCACAGAUCCAGAAAAAGAUCAGUGUCAAGGGAAAGUACAAGAGGAAGGUAUACUUGAUCCCAUUCUAAUUGAAGGGAAUGGUGUUUCAGAUCAAAUUAAUGAAAAUCCACUUAGCUAUAUGGACAGUGAAGAAAUGCAAAUGGGGAAUCAAUCAACAGGAUUAAGAAAGGAAACCCCUCACUUUGAGCAAAAUAGUGUAGUACCAGGUAUAUACUCUCCAACAAUUUCAAACUCAGAAAAAAGGCAAGAAAUAUUGGAGCAGUCUGUAGGGACAACAAAUUCCAAUAGUGUCUCCAUGCUGGAUGGGACAAGACCCCUGGGUGUCAAUGAGGCAGGUAUAUUUGAAAACAUUGGAGGGUGUAGGCUCCCAGAUGAAAAUACACUCAGUCAUACAGUAAUUGAGGAAACACAAACAAGGAAACAAUCAAUAGGACUGAGACAAGGGAGUCCCCAAUCUGAUAAACAUAGUGUUAUGGAAUCAGGUCUAUACUCUCCCACAAUAUCAAAUUCAGAAAAAUGGAAGAAGAAAUUGGCCAAGAGUGUGGGGACAAAACAGCUCAAUAGUCAGUCAAUUUCAAAUAAUGCAUCAUUGGUGAAACCCAGGGAGAUGAAGAGUCAAUUCAGUGAAAAUCUAGCACUCAAUUCCAGUCACAAAGUUAUUUACAAAAAGCGGAAACUUUCUGCAAUUCCCAAACACUGUAUCUCCAAAACCAAAACCAUUCCUGAUUCACCAAACCACCUCCUCUCUCUACAGAAGAUUGGAAUGAAGAAUUCAAGUAGGUCACCAAUACUUUGCUAUGAGAUACAUGAGUUUUUCCGUGAAAUACAUGAGAAGAUCAAAGCCCAUCAUGAAUUCAGUUUGGAAGAGGGGGAUUCUGUCAGGCUGGCUGUAAGGAAUGCAGGGGGGACAGUGGUUAUGGUCUUCCUGGGUAUCUUGAAAGUCUUUGAGGGUAAGGGAUAUGGAGAGGAUGAGGUUGAACUUUUGCUUAAUGAUGGAUGGAGCUUUAUGAAAGACUUCUAUAGUAAUUGGAAUUGGGCAGAUCGUUCAAAAUUUGGUUUUGGAAAAUCUGAGAGAUAUUUUUCACAAGGUGCCUUUGACCCUGAUUUUCACUUGAGAUACCUGAAGCAAAUCCAUAAGAGCAUAAAUAUACCAUUGACAUUCAUCCAUUCCAUAUCACUGCUAUGGUCCAAAGAAAGAAAAAAAUCAAAAAUUCCUCGAGAUCUAUCUGAACAUGGACAACAAAUAAUGGAUGCAUCAAAUACCGACUCUCAUGAUAUAAGAGGUGGACUUUAUGAGAGGAUUGGAAUCAAGAACCAUUCAUUCUGGGGACCAGCACAAUUCCUCAGGACAGAGUGGAACAUUUAUGGAGACAAGAACAGUUCAUCACAUUUGAUAUGGAAGUUGGCUUCAAAUGCUGCACAGUUCCAUACACCUGCUGGUAGAGAUGUAUGUGAAGGAUUACAUAGCUUCUUUGAGGGUUUGGUUCAAAAGCUACAUAUGGAAUACAAUAAUCUUAAUGGAUAUCACCCUUCCAAGAAUCUCCCAGAUCAGGCAGAUAAUGUUCUCAGCAAAAAGCAUUUGGACAACCUUAGUCUGAUUGUCAAGGCUGUCAGCAUGGCAGAGUACAGAGUGAUAGUACCUUUCAUUGGUAUUAUCACAAUCCUAGACAGACAUGCAUUGACAGUGGAUCAAUUUCAGGUACUGAUACAGAAUGCAAUAGAAUUUGUCAAAGAUAUAUUUGGAAAAUGGGAACAUCUUAAUUUCCAUCCCAGCAAUAUCCACAAUCUCUUUGAAUGUAAAAGACUUACAUGGAGAUCACACAGCAAGCUACGUGACUCUGAUACAAUGUUUCAGACCCUCUUUGGAUAUGAGGAUAAGAAUGGAUUUCCAACCCAAGUUAUUUUAUAUCUACUAAGGUUGUGGCACAUAUCAGUCAUGACAAGCAAUCCAGGAUCCAAGAACUAUAUUUCAUUCAAAAUUACAGAGAUGCCUCAUUGGACGGUGAAGGAAUGGAAUUCAUCUGCUGAAAAACUGCUAGCCAAUCAGGACCCCAUUGAUAUCCAGAAGUGGAUGUUUUUCAUGCCCCAGGAGUAA